AUGGACUCGUUCGGACUCACUUAUCCGAGUAUGGAGCAUCUAUUGAAGAAUGCCUCUCUAAACGAACAGCAAGUUCGGCUGUAUGAGCAGAAAUCGAUGGAUGCAGUGUUCAAUUCGUGUAAAAACAUGCAAGACGGCGCGAAAAAAGCUAGAGGAGAUAUAGAAGAGCAAUAUCGGCUAUAUUUGCUCUCUGGUGAGCUGGCUGGGUUGAUGACGAAAAAUCCGAAGUUUGAAAAAUGGAUUAAAGAUAAAGCCAACGCUGCUCUCUUCCGCUCAACAUACGAAAAUGUGGUAGAGGAAGCAUCAAAGCUGCAGACAAUGUUGAAAAUGAAAUACGAAGCCGCGCAAGUUCGGAGAGACAAACAGGAUCGUGCUGUGAAGCAGGAGGCUGAAAAACGGGUGUCCUCUUCAAGUUCUUCGUCGCAAGGCGCUAUGCGAGCAAUUAGAGCCCUAAUUACGCCCAGAGAGUUAAUUAGGAAGGUGGAGAACGAGGAGCCGAAGAAGAGCGCGUUGAUUUUCGAUUUGCGGCAAAAUCAGUCGGAUGCGAUUUUCUAUAAUCGAAGUGAAAUGAUUACGGUGAUUCAGGUGCCAUAUGAUCUCAUUGAUAGCUCAUUAACAUUCCAAAGCCUCAAAAACAACCUUCCUGUCAACCAACGAGCCCUGCUGCCCCGCGUCUCUGGCUCCGACUAUGUCGUUCUAAUGGAUGAUGAGUCUCCAGAACUGCUCAACAACUCACCAGCUCCCAAAACCAAAAUGUCGUUUCUCUUCAAAGCACUAACCCAAUACAACUCAGUGGACCGUCUCAGAGACCGUCCGAUGUUUAUGGAUGGUGGAUUUAAGCUAUGGAAGGCUCAAUAUCCAACGUAUACGAAGGAUGAGCAACCGCUGAGCUCCAGAACCUCACCAUCCGACGGCCUGGAUCAGGCUAUUCUGGAUUACACCUCUAGGAGCUAUGGGGUUUCUGAGAUACGGUACCCGGAUUUGAUGUCGAAACUGAGUUUAUCUGAAAGUCUGGCACCGGGACAACCGCUGUCUCCGCCGAGGAUUCCUCCAAGACCUGCUGAUAUUCCUCCAGAACCAUAUUCAGAGCCACCGAGGAAUGGGGGGAUUGGAAGCGGAGGAAUCUAUCCACAAGCUCCAACGAUUCCACAGAGACCCAUCAUCCCGCCCACUACGAUUCCACCAUCCAUUCCAACAACCACGACUUUCGACCGCCCCGGACCGCCGAUUUUCAGUCCAGCUCCUCCGGGACCACCUACAGUAAUCCCGCCGAAACCCUAUCAGCCACCGCCACCAGUGUUUCCGAUCCCCGAUCGCACAUCAAAACCAUCAACGAUGCCUCCAGAUGUAUCGGCAUCGGAUCCAUCGUUGGCACGUCAGAACGGAGGUAUAGAUGUGAAGAGACCACCGCCCACGUUGGAUCGAAACACCAAGCCCGCUACGAUAUCAAAAGAAUACGAGGUUCAAAUCCUCUCGAUCUACGAUCAGAUGACAAUGGCAAUCGAUCGAUCCAUCGACGAGCGGACCAAAUCCCGAGGAGCCGGUCUGCCGGGCGCCGUCGGCUUGUACAACAUGGGAAACACGUGUUUCAUGUCCGCCACGUUGCAGUGUCUAUUCCAGACGCCCGGACUUCCAGAAGUGUUCACCAGGAGGAACUUUGUAUCCCAGCUGAACACUCAGAACACGUACGGAUCGAAAGGAGUCAUUUCCGCUGGAUUCGCCUCGCUUCUAGACACAAUUUGGACGGGACCAUUCCAGGCGAUUCGUCCCGCCCGUUUCCUCCAGUUGUUUGCUGAUGAAGUGUACCGGAAUCUGAACGAUGGACGACAACACGACGCGUCGGAAUUCCAGCUGUUCUUGUUGGACGCACUGCAUGAGGAUACGAAUCAGGGCAAACGGAUUUCAUUCGAGCAGAACUACAAAGGCGGUCAAGGGAUACGACAGGAGGCGGCGGACUUUUUGAGAAAGCACUAUCAGUUCACAAUGUCGCCAGUCAAUCGGAUUUUGGGGACGAUUACGGUAGCUGAGGUUCGAUGCUUGACGUGUGGCGAGUCAUCGGCGACGUUCGAAGAGAAUACGAUUGUGUCAGUGGAGAUCACUUCGAAUACAUCGUGCACACUGGACAAUUGCCUUCGAUCCCAUUUCUCACAGACCAAACUAGAAGGUGACUCGGCCUGGAACUGUCCGAAGUGCAAAACGCCUCGUACCAGUACCCGAACAUCGAAGCUGUGGCAACCACCGCCGGUUCUUGUGAUCCAUCUGAAGCGGUUCGCUCUGUUCUACGGGGAUUUUGAGAAGAAUACAGCGUCGGUGGCGUUUGAUGCCGCUCGUUUCGAUAUUCGUCCCUAUUUGCAUGAGGCGGCGCCGACGGAUAAGCCAUUUUAUAAGUUGUAUGCGGCUACGCUCCACAACGGUCGCCUCAAUUCCGGUCACUACACUUCGGUCGCCUCUCAUCUCCGCAACGACAAAUGGCAUCGAUACGACGAUGAAACCGUCACGCCUUGUGAGAAAUUCCAAGUCAACCCGCAGCUGGCCUACAUCCUUUUCUAUAAACGGUGCUAG